AUGGUUCAUUUGGUCAGUCGAGGUUAUGUUGUGGCGGUUGUCAGUUACAUUAGAAAAUGUACUGACACUCAGAAAGUCGAUAAUUCAUUAAUACGGCAUUUUGUUACUGAGGUAAGCCAGAUCAUAGAAUCGCCAUAUUGUGUGUCAGCGAUUCAGCGUCUUAUAUAUUUUUUUCUACUGUAGGUACUCGACAUUAUUGCACCGCCAUAUUCUGAUGAAUUUGUAGAUAUAUUUCAGCCUGUUGUUCAAAACGAAGAAAUCACAGGCUCUUUGAGAAAUGCGGAGAAAAAUGACGACGUCUCGAUAUUUAUAG